ACUAUAUUUGUCAUAAAUUUUUAUUGCAGAAAACUUGUUAAAGAACCGAACGUUUUAUUCAAGGCUUUACACACACAGACGUCACACAUAUUUUGGACAGUUUUUGAGUUGAAACAACGACAACAAAUAUUUAUCGUUUUUUUUUUAUCUAAACAAAUCAGUGAGAAAAACACAGAAAUAUAUACACUUACUUAAGUUUCAACGGAUUGUUAAAUUUUUUUUAGAAAUUUUGGAUAUCGAAAAAUGAAGAGCCUGCAGUUGUUUAUUGGAGUAGUGGUGCUAACUUACAGUGUUAUAGCACAAAACUUUCCUGCUCAACCUAAUGUACCCCAAAAUCAACAGUUCAAUCCACAGUCAAAUGUUCCCACAAAUCCACAGUUCAACCAGCCCCCACAGCCAAAUGUACCACGAAAUCCUCAGUUUCCUCAGCCGACUAUGAGUCAACCUCCACAGACGGCUCAAGCUUUCCAACCGGGCCAACCAACCAAUCAAAAUUUUCCUCAGCAGCCAGGUCAGAUGGGUCCUGGGAACGCAAAUACAAACGCCAAUAUGAACGGGAACCAGAUAAAUACACAGGAUCUGUCUCCAGAGCAACAAAGCCAAAUUACAUGCGCACAGGCUGGUCGUACGGCCGUCUCCCAGUGUUUCCAACAAAAUGGCGGCUUUCAGAUGAUCACCGUGAUCGCACUACUUUCUAAUGGUACCCAAGGACAGCUACCACCAAAUUCAGACCAGAUUAAACAGAAUCUUUGUCAGUCUCAAGGACAGAUUGUAGCGUGUGUAUUCAACAACAUUCGGCGGUUCAAUGGGACACAACAGUGUAGCACACCCGCUGCCUAUAUCCGACUCGAACAAGAAACCGUCGGCCUCCUCAAUGGUGUACAACAGAUGUGUGGAAAAGGCCUGAUGCCAAAGGUAACUCCCUGUAUGCAGAGGUUGAACUACGAUAUGAUGCAGUGCUACGAAGAAGCCGGGCUCAAUGCUGAACUCUUCUCACCUCGUGGUUCCCGGAUGGAAGGUGCCGUAAUUGGUGACAAUAGAGAGGUUGCUCGUAUGUUCUGCAGCAAGAGAAAGGAACUAUAUUCUUGUCAGAACCGAGUGUUGGACAGAUGUGAGGGAGCCAAAACAUUACAAGAACUAGGCGGCAACGACCAGACCUCAAUGCAGGAUGGCAUGGACGUUCUCUGUAAAGAUGUUGAUGUAUAUGUGAGCGGCCUUGUUUGCUUCCAGUCAACUACACCAAAGGUUGAAUCCUGCGCUAGCGAUCUGAUCGGACAGAUGACAGAGUUAACGAUGAAUCAGAUCAAAGAAAAUAUGAAUUCCGAUACGUUUUUCCGGGAAUACUGCAAGGUGAGAAUAUCUAAUCUACAGUGUGACAGUAAUGCUUGGGAACAGUCUUGUGAACGUGUAGCAGUCGGAUUGAAAACCGAGUACCAGUGUAAUUUACUUCCGGCAAAAUGCAAGAACGAUUCUGUAAUCAAUAACUUGUACAUGCAGGCAUGCGCAGACACGGCUUUUGCACGUGAAUUGAGAAACACUGACUCUGGUGCUGCCUCGGUACUGACGGGAGUUUCUACCAUUUUGGCGGCAAUUUUUACGGCAUUUGUUGUAGCUUUAUAACAUAAAAAUCAACGCUAAAAUAUGAAAAUAGGUCUAUAAUAGGUCUCUUAUUUCAUAUGCAACUGACCAAAAACCAAGUUAUAUAGUUGUAAAUAGGUGUAAUAUAAGAAUAAUUUUGUACAUACAUGUAUAUAUGUUUACACAGAUUUUUCACUACGUUUUGGGAAUAAUUUUCCAACUCUACAGAAAUAUAGAAAUAUCAUUGAAUGUUUUUGGCGAAAAUGUGGCAGAAAAUUGAAAUUACAUGAUACUAAUAGAAAUGCAAUUGUUUUGCAUUCAUGUUUAAUAUAGUUAUUGUUUUCGUUUGAUAUAAUUUACAUUUAUGUCUUUCAUACACUAUAUCAACCAUUAAAAUCAUGAAAAUUAA